GAAAAGCUGAUCGCAAUAACAUACGGUCCCUCAUUGAUCUAUCUGUCACUUGGAAAUAAUUUCAAAUGAUUUUUUGUUUUAAAUUGUGGUUGUUUAGGUCUGUGUCUAUUUAAUAAGCUUUUUAGGUAUAAUGUCUUGUGGAAAUCAUGAAAUUUCAGACUACAUUUUCGACCUUCCAAUGAAGAUAUCCAGCAGUUAUAUGCCCAAGUAUUUUCACAUUGAAAUUCCGGAGAUAUUAUCAAUAGAUGAAGAUGAGGAUGCUUAUGAUUUUAAAAUUGAAAAGGAAGCUAUCAACAUGGCCGAGGUUGCAGAAGAGGAUAAGAUUAGAGAAACAGAAAGAUUACUCCAAUCUGGACAGCUCAAAGACUUCACCAAGCUAAAAAGCUUCGAUGAUGAUCCAUCAAUGGACCAGACAAGUAGUAUUUCACCAAUUUUACCAGGGUCACCAUGUUUAUCAAUACUACCUGCUGUCCCAAUUAAUGGAAUUGUGUCAAGCUUACCGCCUCAACCUGCAGUAAAUACUAUUUCUCCUCCUGUACCACAGCCUCCACCACUACCAGCACCGCCAACAGUGUCUGUAACUCUAUCAACAUCUUUACCUGGACAAUUGUCUUUACCAAUUCAGGGGUCCAUUCCGUCUCAUCCUCCAUAUCCAAUCACAAAUAUCACGAGUGCUAUUGCCAACAGCAUUACAUCAAAUGUAAUUAAUUGUUCAAAUGAUAACAUGAAUAAUGUUACCAACAACAUCGCUCAUGGCUCAUCUUCGGCAGCAGUAGCCGCAGCAUCAUCCUCAACAUCUACAACAACAAAUCCUAUUCCAGUCAACAGCGAUUUUAUAAUAGAUACUGAUGUAAUAUAUAGUUUUAAGAUGGUGGAUCAAAAUAGUAUGAAGUGUAAUAAUGAUGUAAAUAACGCGAUAAUCUCGAGGAGAAACUCUGUGCCUACCAGUUUGUGCACAUUUCAAGACAAUUUAGGCAUUUUACGGCCCAUGCCUUCUCAAUUCAGAUGUGAUUCUAGUAAAUCAAAUAAGUCUAAGCAACAAGAGUUUAUUCCAAAGACUAGAAUCGAUCCUGCAGAUUUUGAGAGCUCAAGCUCUAGUCCAUUUGAUGAUGCUCUUCUAAGGGCCAUUGAUGAUAAACAAGAACUUAAUCAUGUCUUUCAACAUUAUUAAUAACAAUUCCAUUUGUAAGAUAUUAAACCCUCAUAUUAAACCAAUUAUGGUAUAUUUAUGUUUACCCUAAAAUACACCAACACUCGCUUUAA